AGAAGCGACACGGAGGCAGCCCGUCGUAAUUACGAUAAUGAUGACUAUAGCGAGACCACGAUUGCCGGUUGUCUAUCGAGCCUAUCUCGUCAGACUGACAACCAACUAUAAAACCUCUUCCGUCCGACUCUUUACAGCCUAGUCCCUUUGAAAUGGCACCUUCUCGUCCCGACAUUGAGCUCAUCUUCAACCACCUUGCCAGCGCCCAGUACGAGCAGUUCUUCGAGCACGUUGCCGAAAACGUGCAAUGGACCGUCAUGGGCACGCACCCACUCAGCGGCCUCUACGCCUCACGCACGGCGUUCGUAGACGGGACCAUAAAACGAUUGAAUGCAAUCUUCAAGGAGCCAAUCCAGUUGAAGGUUCGGAAUGUGAUUGGUGGGGAUGAUCAGGAGUGGAGCGUGACGGAGUUGGCGGCGGAUGCGGUUUGUAAGAACGGGAUGGACUUCAAGAAUAGGUAUGCUUGGGUCUGUAGAUGGGAAGGAGACAGCAUUGUCGAGGUUCGAGCAUACCUUGACUCUGAGCUGGUAAAGAGGGCUCUUGAGACAAACGAGAAUUGACGGACUUGGCGUAUCUUACCCGACACGCAGAGACAGUGUGUUUCUGACAAUGCAAUGCAUAUUCAUGGUACUCGUUCAACCUUAUCAUUGUUCCAAAGCCGCCAAUCAAGCCGCUGUGGAGAAACAAUCAGGCCGCCACAAGCAACGAUGUUGACUGAUUACAUCGCCUCUACGUACAUCUACAAGAACAAUUAACCGGCAAUGAUCAGACAGUAGGGAUUAGUUA